AUGAGUGCCGAAGCUGCGUUGAUUUCUGAACGUCAGCACGGGGGUGGGGAAGGAUUUGUCGAAACUACUGGAGAAAACACUGCUGUCCUCAGGCAAUACUUCGUGCAUUUGGAUUUGAAGACGUUUUCCGAGCAGGAACAGGUCUUUGACUCCACCGUCGCCACAAGCGACGGCGAAGUGCUCUUCAAGGGCACCGACGUAGCCUUCCGCAAGGUCACACCAGAACAGAUCAAGAAAGCCAUGGAGAGCCAGAUGGCGGAGGAUGAUCAGAAGAUCUACGAGGCUUCCGGCUGCCAUCACGAGGAUUUCUGGAGAGACUCCCUGUAA